AUGGCUAGCAGGAGGCCAUCAUCGGCCCGUCGGGCAGCGGCCAGGCACCUCGUCCACCGCGCCAACGACGUCGUGCUUGGCCAUGUAGGCAGGGUGUCCUACCUCCCACGUGAUUUACACAAACGAAACGACGAGGACGACGAAGACGACGACGGCCAAGGAGAAAACAACCGCGGAUAUGUACUGGGCCACCUCCACAUCAACCGCAUGGUCGACAGGACCCCGAGGAUCGAGCAGGUCCUCCCCUUCGACGAGUGGUACGCGCCCUCGCGCGCCGACGACGCGGGCGGGCCGCCAGCCGGCGCGCGCGCCCUGCGCUCCCAGCAGCGCUGGCUGUUCCGGAGCCACCCGGGCGCCUUCCUCGGCCUCGGCGGCGACCUCGGCUCGCUUCUUCAGGAGCAGACCUCGGCGGCGGCGGCGGCGGCGCCAAGCCAGGGCGCCGAUCUGCUCUCGAGCCUCCUUGGCGCGGGCGAGAUCACGGACGCGACCAGGCCCACACAUCCCGUCGGGGUCCCCGCGCUGGUCAUGGUGUGCGGCCGCGCCGGCGACGUCGUCCGCGUGGUCCGGCUGCGGGAUGCGAAGCGGAGUUGGAGCCGGGAGGAAGGCAGGGACCAGACACAAGGCGGCGGGGACAGAAACGACCGUGGGUCGACGCCGGCGGCUGCGCUUUCGGUAGCGGUGUCUGAUGUCGGCUAUGAGGGGUUCUGGGACGGCGAGGGAGUGCCCGUGAUCAAGGUCCAGUUCGUCGCAGUGCCGAAAACCCAAGGUGGUUUGAGGAGGUGGCUGCUUGUGCAGACGGCCCAGGCGACCAUGGUGUUUCAACCCGAGAUCCGAGCUGUGCCUACCUGGAGCCGCGCAUCACGCCGUGCUAGUGACGGCGGAGCGGGAAAAGGCCCCUGUUUCAUCGAGUUGAUCCCGGCCCUAACCAUCCAGUCGAGCCAGGUGGGCGACGGGCUCAACUCGGACUUCUCGUUCGACCCGGGGUCCGAGGACGACCCCCGCCCGCGCCUUGCAAUCGUCGACCGCGCCGGCGAGUGGACCGUCUGGAACAUCACUGGCGAUCGGGGGUCACGACACAAGCCGCUCUCUGCCAUGGUCGUGCAUUCGGGCUACGUACAUGAUGGCCUGCCCGCAGACCGCGCGCGCCUGAUCGUCCUCGGAGACGAGGAGGAACAGUGUCGUAUCUCAUGGGCUGCGGCGCGGGCUGGCGGUGCUACACGCAAGAAGCAACGAAAUGAUAGUGGCCUCGAUUUACCAGCCCCCGACGGCGAAACAGCCGGCUCGUCCCCAUCGCGGGCCGAGGCACUUGUCAUGUCUACCUUGAAGACGCUCAAGAUAUUGGACCUGGAGGGUGGCGACAACAGCGCCAUCUUUGCAGAGCUGGUCGAUCCCAAGACCCCCGAGGCUAUACUGGACGUCUGCGUCUGCCCGGGAGACCUUUCCAGGCUCUUUGUCCUGACCAGCACGGCCGUGUUCUGGAUCCAGCUGACGCGGUUACGGCCUGGGGUCAAGGGCGUGUCUGAUCAGCAGCGCGAUCACGGGCGUCGGUGGCCCGGCCACAUUGCCAUAACUAUCCUUCUGUCAUGCCCCCAUCUGCGCAGCCCCGUGGACAGCGCCCUGCGCAUGACCGUCGCGGCGCAGCCCCAGCAGCCAGUCACCCUCGGCCAUGGUGAUGAUGUAGACGCCCCGGCGUGGCUCGUCUGCAUCUUCUCGAGCGCCUCGGCCCCGCGAGUGACGCUGUUUUGGUUUGCCGUCCCGCCGGCGACCGCCGGCGCCGCAUCCGCCGUCUUCCACCACCAGACCACGCGUCUCAGCUGGGACAACGAGGCCGCCCGAGGGCGACGCCAGGUCGGCGACAAGGAGCCGUACCGGCCGCCACCUCCCCGGAUCCGUUCGCUCUCGCUCCUGGCCCGCCCCAGUCUGUUCCGCCAGGAGCCCAAGUUCGCACAGCUGCUCGUCCUCGACGCCACCCUCGGCCUCCGCUCCGCCCUGUGCGCGGCCUACUCUUCAGCGCCGAGCAGUGCCGCGCCGGGCGGCUCCCGUGGCAACCUGCGCGUAUGGGGUGCGGCGGCGGACGAGGAGGCCGCGCGCGGCUCGGCGGCGAAGCGGAAGCGGAUCCUGCGGAGCAUCAGGGACAGCUUCGUGGUCAGAGACGACUAUUCCGGCUUCUUUGAGGUCGACGAUGGCAGUCGCCCGCAUGCGAAACAGGAAGCUGGUGGCCCCGCUGCUGCUCGUCCUGGGUUUCAUACCCUUAACCUGUCGCCUGUGAUGAGCAUCGUCAUGGAGCGCAUGACCACCAAGGUAGCCGCGGCCAGAGCGCCAUCGCCGCAGAUGGGUGGGCUUGAAGGGGGUGGGGCCAGUAACGUCUCUGGUGCUUUUGCUGCUAUUGGCCGCGUCGUUCGUACUGGUGUCGAACAAGGUCAUCUUCCAUUGAGGACGCUGCUCGAAGCUACCGGCAACACAACUGGCAGCGUAAACACCGAUGUUGUACAGUCUCGCUGGACAGACGAGCUGGGCCAACUCCGGGAGCUCACGGACGACAUCUUGAAAGUCAACGAUCUCGCGGUUGGGUCUUACACUACAGACGCGUCCAGCCUUCUAGAACGUCUCCUCCGACUGUGGCCCCCUGCACCCGAAGGUCUUCCAGAGGGCCUCCUGCAACCCGAGGCCGCAGCUUUCCGCGAACGGCUGGUUGGCUUCGUCGCCAUGGAGAUCUUUUUAGCACAGUUCGGCGUCUCGGGCCAGGCAUAA